AUGGAAGGAAUUUUAUGUCUCUGCAGUGCAGCACUGUGCAGUGAGAAAGCUUUGAUAUUUAACUCUUCUUCUGAGGAUGGUUCUUCUUCAGCAGCUUGUACUAGUUUGCCAAGGAGAGAAGUCAAAGUGAAAAGGAAGGAUCUUAUAUAUCUCAUAUACGGUGCAUAUAAUAUUGCCCCUUCUUGUUCUGUUUUGGAGUCUGGAGGAGAUGAAGAUGGUGACCACAGAUUGACAUGGAUGGAAGAAAGCAAGCUAGCCACCGCUUUCUCCCGCAUGCUCAUGCUCUACAUCUACCAACACGUGCAGUCAAUGUCAAUGUCUUUAUCUAUUCAUAGAUUGUUUGUUCAAUCCUUAAAAGCCAUGCAGCUAAUUAAAGCAAACCAGCUUCUUUGUGCUAGCAAGCUGUACCAGACGUCCAGAGCUGGUUGGGAACUUCAACUCCUUAGUUUUGUUUUGCAGGAUUUAAAACUCAAAAGACUCAUCUGCACUUGCCUUUGA